ACAGAAAGUAAAACAAAUAGUUAUGGAGUUGGAGUUGGUUCGGCUCGUUUUCAGAUGAAAUACAUGGGAACAUACCUAAUGAGAGAUGAGAGGACAGACCCUGACCCGAGAGUGCAACAUUUCAUUCCAGAUACAUGGCAGAGGGAACUCCUUGAUGUGGUUGACAAUUAUGAAUCUGCUGUAAUAGUGGCUCCCACCUCAUCAGGAAAAACCUAUGCCUCUUACUACUGCAUGGAGAAGGUGCUGAAACAAAGCAAUGAAUCAGUUGUGGUUUAUGUUGCUCCUACUAAGGCUCUUGUAAACCAGGUUGUAGCCACUGUAACAUGUCAGUUCAACAAAGAUCUUCCACUUGGAACGGCGUUAUGUGGGGUUUUCACACGGGAUUAUCGUUAUGACGCAUUAAAUUGUCAG